AUGGUGGAGACCCCCCGCAGCUCCUUCCAGGCGGCGGACUACGCCGUGUUCGCCUCCAUGCUGGCCGUCUCCGCCGCCAUCGGGCUGUACUCCUGGUGGAGCCUGAGGAGGUCCAGCGACGCCGGCGACUUCCUGACCGGCAGCAGGACGAUGGGCGCCCUGCCGGUGUCCAUGUCCCUGACCGCCAGCUUCAUGUCCUCCGUCACGCUGGUGUCCUUCCCGGCCGAGGUGUACCGCUACGGCGCCAUCUUCGGCCUUUUGUGUUUUUCUUACUUGUUUGCUGUUUUGAUUUCGUCUGAGAUCUUCCUCCCGGUUUUCUAUCGGCUGGAGAUCGCCAGCAUCUAUGAGUAUCUGGAGCUCCGGUUCAGCAGAGCGACUCGGCUGCUGGCGACGGUGAUGACUGUUAUUCACACUGUUCUCUUUACUGGCUUUGUCAUUUACGCCCCGGCUCUGGCUUUGAGCCAGCUUGCUGAUAUGAAUCUGUGGAUUGGAAUUAUCCUAACUGCCAGCAUCUGUACGAUUUACUGCACCAUGGGCGGCCUGAAGGCGGUGAUCUGGACCGACGUCUUCCAGAUCGGAAUAAUGAUUGCAGGCUACUUGGCCGUCAUGAUCAAAUCUCUGAUCAAACAAGGAGGAUUCUCCACCAUCCUCGCAGACUCACAGCAGGGAGGCAGACUCAAUGCGUGGGACUUCGACCUCAACCCCUUCAGGAGACACACUUUCUGGACCGUGGUCAUCGGAGGCACGUUGGGCUGGGUGAACGUCUACGGGACCAAUCAGGCUCAGGUUCAGAGAUACGCUGCCUGCAGGAGCGUCGCUCAGGCCAGGAUCGCUCUGUUCAUCAACCUGCUGGGCCUCUGGGCCAUCCUGCUGUCGGCGAUGUUCGCCGGAUUGUGCAUCUACUCCGUCUAUAAGCGCUGCGACCCCUGGACCGCGGGACUGGUGUCGGUCCCUGAUGAGCUGCUGCCGUUCCUGGUGAAACACACCAUGGCGGGCGAGCACGGCCUCCUGGGACUCUUCUUUUCAGCUGUAUACUGCGGAUCACUCAGCACAGUUUCUUCCAGCAUCAAUGCGCUUGCUGCGAUGACCCUGGAAGACCUGAUCAAACCGUACACCGCCAUGUCGGAGAAACGCCUGACCGCCCUGUCCAAAGCGCUGACGUUCUUCUACGGGGUUCUGUGCAUCGCCGUGGCCGGACUGGCGUCGGUCAUGGGCCAGAUGACUCAGGCAGUCACCAUCAUCGGCUCGGUGAUCGGAGGGCCGCUAUUGGCCCUGUUCUCUCUGGGAAUGCUCUGUCCGUCUGUCAACACCAAAGGCGGCCUGUCGGGCCUGGUGGCCGGGCUGGCCGUGUGUCUGUGCCUGGCUGUGGGUCAAGCCGUGUGUCCAACGCCUCCCGAGAUGAGCAGGCCUCUGCCGCUCGCCACCGAGGGCUGCAACCUCAGCAGUCCUGGGACCACCCCCGCCUGGACCCCCGCCUGGACCCCCGCCUGGACCCCUGCCUGGACCCCCACCUGGACCCCCAGCUGGUCCCCCGCCUGGACCCCCGGCUGGACCUCCGGCGCUCCUCCCACGGCGCCCCGUUCCCCCGCGGCGCCCCUGACGCAGAGCCACGGCUGCACGCGCUGGCGUUCGCCCUCCUACCUCUACAUCAUCCUGGUCGGAGUCGUCACGGUCGUGGUCGUGGGGCAGGCCGUCAGCCUCCUGACAGGGGGCCGGAGGCAGACGGUGGACCCCCGGCUCCUGCUGCUGAAGGAGGACCUGCUCUCCUAUCGCCUCCUCGGCCUCCUGAAGCAGCAGAUCAGAGAAACCAAGAAACACCAGCCGGACGACGAGCAAGGCGGCAGGAAAAUGGAGACGGAAUUUUAA